UGACUGUAGGGUGCGUCUUCGUAUGUCUACGCAUUGUAAACAGAUCCGCUUGGAAAAAAUAUAAAUAAACAAGGAAAAAAGCGAUUUAAAGGGAUAACAAGUCGGUCAGAGAACUGUGUAUAGCGAAGUCGUAGAAAUUCCCUUGGCAACAAUGAGUAUAAGACGUGUGUUUGCAUCACCUUUGUUACGUAGAGUAGUAAGUCAGACUACAGGACCUGCGAGAUGUAUGUCUGCAGCUGCAGAUAGAUUACUUGUGGACAUGGACACUAAAACAGGUGUUGCAACUGUAAAAAUGAAUCGUCCUCCUGUUAACAGCCUCAACCUAGAGUUUUUGACAGAUAUAAAUAUUCUAUUGGAGAAACUAGAAAAUGAUAAAUCCUGCAGAGGUCUUAUACUAACAUCAAGCAAUAACAAGAUAUUCUGUGCUGGUUUGGACAUAAUGGAGAUGUACAACCCACAGAGAGAUCGCCUUACAGAAUUCUGGAGGAUGCUACAGAAUGUCUGGAUUAACCUGUAUAACUCCAGGCUGAUUACUAUUGCUGCUAUCAAUGGUCACAGUCCUGCUGGUGGGUGUUUGUUAGCUACAUGUUGUGACUACAGAGUUAUGGUACAGAACUUCACUAUAGGACUCAAUGAAACACAAUUGGGCAUUAUUCCUCCUUUCUGGUUUGUAGAUUCUAUGGAAGGUGUAAUUGGAUAUCGACAGACAGAGAAGGCAUGUCAGAAAGGGUUAAUGAUGACUACAGAGCAAGCUUUUGAAGUUGGUUUGGUAGAUGAAGUAGUUACACCUGAAAUUAUCAUUGAAAAAGCUCAAAAUGAGAUGAAGAGUUGGUUGAAAAUACCUGACUUUGCCAGACAGUUGACAAAGACACAGAUGAAGAAAGCAAAAGUGGAUAAACUUCUGGCCAGGAGAGAAGAAGAUAUUGAACAUUUCGUAAACUUUAUUACCAAAGAUUCAGUUCAAAAAGCUUUGGGAUUUUAUCUGGAACAGAUGAAAAACAAGGCAGCUAAGAAAUGAAUGAUAAAACAUACAGGAUAAUAAGAGUUGUGAUAAAUGGUGCAGUGAUUAAGUCAAUUGAUUUGAUGUUUUAAUGAAAAAUAUGUUGAAAUGUGUUGACAAAUAUUUUCUGAAGGGUAUUGUGUCAACAGACCACACAAGCGACAACCAAAGGUGGUCUCUUAAUAGAAUGGUCGCUUGAUAGAUUUUGGUACAUUUUGAAUGACAGAUAGUAUGAAUUGCUGAUUUACUGUGCAAAAUUUGUUAUAACAUGUACACUUCAUGCCAGUCCACUUCCCAUGAAAAUUGUUUGCUCAUCUCUAAGAAGAGUUAACUAUUCACGUGUACAAAUCAGUUAGCCAAUAUCCCUAAAGUUUAUUAUUUAAGCAGUAGCCAAUAUAUCGCUCGACAAGCUAGCAUUUUCAUUUUUCAAUACGAAGUACCAGCACUUCCAUAAUGUGUUUCUUUCAUAUCAGUAUACAAGCUGUUUACCAUAUUUGUUUUGUUUUGAUGUUGCUAGUUAUUAUGUUAUUGCAUCAAGAUUUAAGUUGAAAACUGUUACAUGACACCAAAUAAUGUUUUAUAUUAACAAUUGAUUCUAAUGGGCCAGUGUUUUAUAAUAUUUCGUCAAACAAUUUAGAAAGUCUAUUGAACAUUUAUAGUACAUGUUUACAUUUAUUGAAUAUUCAUGUUGUUUAAAACUUAGAUUGCUAGCGGCAAGUGAUUUUGCCUUAGCGACCAGUGCAGACCAAGAUAAGCCUGCACAUCUGUGCAGGCUGAUCAUGGUCUGCACUAUUCGCUAUUCAGUAAGUAAAUUUUCAGUGAACACCCUUUCAAUUAAUAAAUGGUACUGCCCAAAUUGAAAGCUGGACCAGUCCAUUUUAGAAAGUUAGCAGGCUAAAGGUUAAACCAUCGAUUUGCAAUUUCAUGUGGAUGGCCCACUUACAUAUUGUUAGCACAUGGCAUUCAGAAAGAACUGUAAUUCUAUCAUGGUAGUACCAGAAAGUGUAUAAACAGAAUCUUAUUUUUAAAUAACAUAUAUGUAUUAAUAUUACGAAGUAUAAUGAAAUUUAUAAUAAAUUAUUCAAAAUAA